UCCACAUCCAUCCCUCACCCACACGCACACUCCGCACCAUGUCGUGGCGCAGCAACGCGCAGCGCACCGGCGAGAAUGCCGCGCCGCUCGCAAAGGUCCGCCGCUGGGGCGGCGCAGAGGUCGAGUCGGCGCCCGCGCCCGGCGCCGGCGGCGGCGGCGGCUACGGCGGCAGCAGUGGUGGCUAUGGCGGCAGCAGCGGCGGCGGCAGCUAUGGCGGCGGCGGCAGCUACGGCGCCAGCCGCGAUGCUGGCGGCUACGGUGCGCCGCCCGGCUUCGGCACCGGCGGCCAGCCGGCGUACGACCAGGUGAAGCGCGAGCGCGAGGAGCCGCAGGCGGCCGCAGAUGCACCGCGCAAGCGUCGCUCACGAUGGGGCGACGCGCCGGCUGAUGCGCCCAUCGGCGUGCCCACUGCGCUCUCUGCCAACGUCUCCGCCGCCGAGCUCGACCGGUAUGCGCUCAACGUGCGCAUCGACGAGAUCCAGCGUCGCCUGGCCACGGGCAACGUCAUCCCGCCGGAGCGCGAGCGCAGCCCGUCGCCGCCGCCGACGUACGACGGCGCCGGCCGGCGUACCAACACGCGCGAAGUGCGCUACCGCAAGAAGCUCGAGACGGAGCGCGUGACGCUCAUGGACCGCGCCAUCAAGCUCGACCCCAACUACCGCCCGCCGGCCGACUACCACCAGAUGAAGCGCAACAUGAAGCCCACCGAGAAGGUCUACCUGCCGCUCAAGGAGUUCCCCGACAUCAACUUCUUCGGCCUGCUCGUCGGCCCGCGUGGCAACACGCUCAAGAAGAUGGAGCGCGAGAGCGGCGCCAAGAUCAGCAUCCGCGGCCGCGGCAGUGUCAAGGAGGGCAAGGGACGGCCGGGCGACGAGGACGACGAGGAGAUGCACUGUGUCGUGCAGGCCGACGACGUCGAGAAGGUGCGGCGCUGCAUCAAGGCGAUCAACCUCGUCAUUGAGACGGCUGCGUCGACGCCCGAGGCGCAGAACGACCACAAGCGCAACCAGCUGCGCGAGCUGGCCGCGCUGAACGGCACGCUGCGUGACGAUGAGGGACAGGUGUGCCAGAACUGCGGUCAGAAGGGCCACCGGCGCUUCGCGUGCCCCGAGGAGCGCAACAUGACGGCGCACAUCAUCUGCCACCGCUGCGGCGGGCAGGGCCACUUGGCGCGCGACUGCACGCAGAUUCCAGGCAUGAUGCAGAACGGCGGACCUGGCGGGCCAGGCGGACCCGGCGCGCCCGGCGGCGGCCAGUUCGACUCGGAGUACGCCAAUCUCAUGGCCGAGCUCGGCGAGGGAGGCCCGCGGCCAGGCGGCGCACCAGGACCGGGCGGCCCAGGCCCGCAGGGCGGCCAGCCGGGCCAGCCGGGCCAGCUGUACGGGCCCGACGGCAAGAAGAUUCCGCCGUGGCGCGACCCCAACAUGUGGAACCCGCCGGGCGGCCGCAUGAUGGGCGGCGGCGGCAUGGGUAUGGGCAUGGGCAUGGGAGGCGGCAUGGGCAUGGGCAUGGGCGGGCCGAUGCGCUUCGCCGGCACUGGUGCCAACGGCGCUGCUGGCGGCGACCAAGGCUGGGGCGCUCGCGCUGGACAGCCGCAGCAGCAGGGCUGGGGCGCACCGCAGAUGCAGCAGGGCUUCGGCCAGCCCAUGGCGGGGCAGCAAGACUACAGCAAGGAGUGGGAGGAGUACUACCGCCAGCAGGCGCUCGCCGCACAGGGCGGCGCCGCCGGCUCGCCCGCACAAGGCGCGGCUGCUGCCCAGCCCGCGGCGCCGGGCCAGGAGCAGGACUACGCCAAGCAGUGGGAGGAGUACAACCGCCAGCAGGCGCUCGCCAUGCAGCAACAGCAGCAGGGCGCGGCUCCGGGUGCUGCCGCUGCCGCUGCUCCGGGCGCGGCAGCGGGCGGCGAAAAGGACUACUCGAAGGAGUGGGCUGAGUACUACCGCCAACAAGCGGCACAGGGCCUGCCAGUCCCACCAGGCUUCUAAGCGAAAGAGGAAACCUCAUCCUCUCGCUUCGUCUCCC